GGUUGUGGGAUAGAUUUCCAACAGCAAGGACAGUGCAACAAAUGAUGGAAACCAUGGAGAGGAUGAUGGAAGACCCUUUUGUCUACACCAACGGGUGGCCGUCGCCGACAUUAACUGAGACCGGCGAGUACAGCAGGGGAAGGACUCCAUGGGAGAUAAAGGAAGGAGAGGGAGAGUACAAGAUGAGAUUCGACAUGCCCGGUAUGACCAAAGAUGAUGUGAAGGUCUAUGUUGAAGAGAAAAUGUUGGUUGUCAAGGCUAAGAAAAUGGCCAAGGACAGAAAUGGCCAAGAAAGUGAGGUAGAAAAUGAAGAGUGGUCAAACUAG